UCGGAUUUGGGACAUCCGGGCAUCUGUGUCAGUGACUCCACUGAGGCUACGCCGGGUUUGGGACAUCCGAGUAACCGGACAGAUGGCUUGACUAAGGCCACGUCCACUUGGGAAAAUCCGAGGAUUCAUCCCGAUGGCCUGAUCGAGACUUCACCGGCUUUGGGAAAUAAUAUCCAUACCAAUGACUCGAUCGAGAUUUCACUGGCUUCGGGAAAUAGUAUCCACACCAAUGACUCCACUGAGACGACACCGGCUCUCAUGGAUAGAGACUUUGUGCUGCAUUUGGAAGGCGAAAAGCAUCUGGUGGAUAUGAUGAAGCAGAGCGGACUCGAGCGCGGGGUGGGAUGGUUCGCGAAGGGCGAUAGUAGUCCACCUAAUCAUCUAAUUGAGUUGUUGAACCUCUCGGCUUUCCACAGUGGAAUUCAAGCAGUUUUGGAUUUUGACGAUGGUAGGAAACUUGAAGUCACGGCUUCUGGACAUCAAGUAGUGCAUAUCUACGACGACAACAACCACGCCCACCCCUUGACUCUUGCGAAACCUUCUUACAACUGGGGGAUGCCUUUGGUGACACUCACUGCAUUAGCAGUCACUCUUCGUUCCGCGCGUGAUGGUGAGCUCGAAUCGCUCCUGCUUGGAGUGAAUGAAGGGUUCGUAUAUGUGAGGCUUGUCGAACGGCACUUGGAUGAGAGAGGGUUGUGCAACAUGACCGACGCAGCGACGAAGUUAUGGCAGGGACUCGAUCUCCAUCAUAGGUGGAUAGACAUGGAUCUCCAUGGGUUGGACUUAAGUGGCAAGGACCACAUCCGACGCUUAAGAGACGAGAGCGUGAGUGAAAUCCUUGCAAAGAGAAACAUUAUUGAAGACAGGAGCCCGCGAGAAUGGCCGGAAGAUAUCGUUGCACGCAGUUGCAUGUACCGAGCGUGCAGUACCAUAUGGGAAGGCUACGACGACAGAUAUCAGAUAGACGACAGCUUGUUUAAGUGGCUGCGAACUACCAUUUCCAACAUACUGUGGGCUUGUCUCACCAAUCUUCCACGUGUUAUCGACAUGGAAUGCGCUUGCACCGAGGCUGAAGUGAGGGAAAAGAAGGUUAGGAAGGCUGUUGUAACGCUUGGCAAGGUGAAAGAGAUUCUCCAGUUGCUUGGAGAUGAGACAGUGGCUGGAUCUUAUCCUGGGAACAAACAGGACAUCGAUGAAUGGUGCAGGUCCCAAUCGACGACUCAUCCUUCGACCUCUUCCUCCAAUGAUGCGUGAUCUAUUUUCUAUGGCCCACUAGGUAUGGUUUUAUGCUAUCUAAGCCUAAUCCAAGGACCAGUGCGGAAUUAAGUCAAGUAUAUUCCGAGAAUAUUCCGAGAGUUUCUUAUAGUUAAAGAGCUCCAUCAUAUAUAAU